AUGGCCUCACCAUCGGCGUCCUCCACCCUGACCGGCUCCCCUCUUCCCGACCCUCGGACCGAUCACCGCCAGGCGAGCAAUGCUCCCGGCACGCCCGAUGCUCCCGACGCAGCUACACCGCUCCCCCAGAUCCUUUGGGGCCUGCAGGUGCCCCUGUACAUCACCCAUGCGUCCAAAUCCACCAACCCUUUCAUCGUGUCGGUCCCACGAUUCAGCUACCUCGCUUUACUGCUGCCCCGCUUGUCGCUCUAUUAUGGCCUGCCGUGCUCAAGCUUCCACCAUGAGGAGAUCCAGCUGCGCAACCUAGCGGUGGGCCUGCUGGUCGACCUGUACCAGCCUACCGCCCUUCCCUGGCGGCUCGUGGUUGGUGACGGCCCGGAGUGGGACAUUGCCGACACCUUUACCAACUCGGCGAAGGAGGCGGACUUUGUGAGAAAUGGCAAUGCUAAGCAGAUCAUGAGCCUGUCCAAGGAACACAGUACCACUUUGUGGAAUGCUAUCAAGGAUAAUGAUCAUGCCGCCUUCAGCAAGGUCAACAGACGGCUGCUCAACACUCCGUCUCCAUUAAAAAACGUCCCCAUGCGGAUCUACAUCCCCUCCUCCCCCAGCGACACAGGAGACACCACGCCAGGGUCUUUCAAGGUAAUUCAGAAUUUGGUGCCGCCACGACUAUCCAAUAGGACCCCGCAGACAUUGGGCGCCGCCCUCAAGAGCAUCCUCCCAACUCUCUUCCCCAGCAGCCGGGACCCUGUCCUGGCGAACGUGAUACUCCACGGCGGCCCUGUCCCCUUUCGAGCGCCGCUAGAGGAGCUGAUGCGCGAAGCCGCCUAUCCCGAUGGAUGGUUGUGUUUUUGUGUCGUGUUAUUAUGA